AUGAUUCUUUCGCCAGCUGAACGGUCUUACAUUUAUGACUCGUUGGUGCUGACUCCUCCAAUACGUCCUGAUGGAAGAAAGCCCUACCAAUUCAGACCUCUAGAGGCCAAAACAGCUUUUCUACCGAGCUCCAAUGGAUCUGCCAGAAUCAGAAUGGCCGAUGGCAGUGAGUGUAUUGUCAGUGUCAAAGCGAAAGUUGUUCUAAUAGCCAAAGAGCCUAAUUUGAUUGAAGUGGACAUCGACGUGUCUGGGUUCCGUGACGACUCGAAUUUUGUGCUGAACUUGAAAUUCAACAUGACUGAGCUCUUUGAGAAGAACUUCCCGGUAAAAAAUUUGCAUCUCACGUCGAAGUACAGCUUCAAGCUUUUCAUAGACUGCAUUGUUGUGUCUCAUCAAUGCUAUCCCUUAACAUUAAUCAGCAUGACCUCGUAUUUGGCUUUAAGUUCGGCCAGGCUACCACUCCUUGUGUCAGAGACAGACGAUACGGAAAUCGAGGAGCAGCCCACUUUUUCCGACGACUGGGAAAAUGCCCAAUAUCUCUCCGACGUCUUUGAGGUCAAGAAGUUUUCUCCCCCAUUGUUCAUUACUUUUGGUGUCGCCGGCGGUAAUGUAAUAAUGGAGCCAUCUGUUGAAGAGGAACAAGUACUAGAGUGUGGCCUUUUGGUGGGUUGGUACGAUAACAAAGUCAUUUCCCCAGUAACUAACAUUAAUUUGGCUACCUACUCAAAUAACCUGAACGUAAAAGGUGUUCAGCCACCUGUGCUUUUGAAAGCAAUUGCUAUGGCGAAGCAAUACAGCGGACAGAUUGUUAGUGCCCUUGAUGCUGUGGUUGAGCAAGAUCUACACGACCAAGAUGGUGCUAUGUUUUAG